GAAGCAGUUUCUGCUGGACAUAUCUCAGCGAAACGAGACGAGACUCCGGAGUGCUGUUUUCUACAACAGGGGGUGUCUCUCUCAGCAGGAUCCGGUGACAGCUUGACUGACAAGCAGCCAUGAGCUUCUUUGGUUUUGGUCAAAGUGCGGACAUCGAUAUAGUUCUGAAUGACGCCGAAACGAGAAAGAAAGCUGAGCAUAAAAGCGAAGACGGCAGGAAGGACAAAUAUUUUCUUUUCUACGACGGGGAAACGGUAUCGGGGAAAGUCAACGUUACGCUCAAGUACCCGGGAAAGAGGCUGGAGCACAACGGCAUCAAGAUUGAGUUUAUCGGCCAGAUAGAGCUGUACUAUGACAGAGGAAACCACCAUGAGUUUGUGUCCCUUGUGAAAGACCUGGCACGGCCAGGGGAGCUCACACAGUCGCAGACAUUUGACUUUGAGUUCACACACGUGGAGAAACCCUACGAGUCUUACACUGGUCAGAAUGUCAAAUUACGCUACUUCCUGAGGGCAACUGUAAGCCGGAGACUGAAUGACAUCAGCAAAGAGCUGGACAUUGUGGUGCACACACUCAGCACCUACCCUGAGCUCAACUCCUCCAUCAAGAUGGAAGUGGGGAUCGAGGACUGUCUGCACAUAGAGUUUGAGUACAACAAGUCCAAGUAUCACCUCAAAGAUGUGAUUGUAGGGAAGAUUUACUUUCUGCUGGUGAGGAUCAAGAUAAAACAUAUGGAGAUUGACAUCAUUAAGCGAGAGACGACCGGCACAGGGCCUAACGUCUACCACGAGAACGACACCAUAGCAAAAUAUGAAAUCAUGGAUGGUGCACCAGUCAGAGGAGAGUCCAUUCCCAUCAGGCUGUUCUUAGCAGGCUAUGAGAUGACGCCCACCAUGAGGGAUAUUAACAAGAAGUUCUCGGUGCGGUACUACCUCAACCUGGUCCUCAUUGAUGAGGAGGAAAGACGCUAUUUCAAACAGCAGGAGAUCACCCUGUGGAGGAAAGGUGACAUAGUGAGGAAAAGUAUGUCUCACCAAGCAGUCAUCGCCUCCCAGCGCUUCGAAGGCUCCGCCCAUCCAGAAAGGACACAGACCCAGAGCAAUGAAGAAGAUGACAGCUAAAGCCCAGCAUGCACUUCAACCCCCAUGUAGUGAGUGUGUGAGCAAACACAGUGCAGAAAAUGUCAGCAAAUUCUGAAUGUGAACAUUUGUUAGCAUCGAGAUCAUGUGCUGCAGUGUUUUUCAGGGCGUAUGCGUGUGUGUGUGUGUGUGUGUGUGUGUGUGUGCGCAACAGAGACUUUGAAUUAUGACAGUGUGUGUGUGAAGGGAACAAAAGUCAGACUCAGACUCUAGUUGCAAGUAAUUCUGUUCUGUUUUAACCACCUUGAAGUACCAGCUGGGUGGAGUUUACCACAUUAAGACUUAUUAGAGAGUGUCAGCUAAUUUCUGUGUCACAAAGAAACUGCAUAAAAUUGACUUUAAGUGCUUGAUUAAAUUAUUUUGGCAUUUAUUAGACAGUUCAGUGUGGCAACAUCACCCAUUAGAUGCACUUAAAUAUCAUUUAUAAAUACUGUUCGACUAAUAUCUUGAAUUUACGUGUGUGUAUGAAUGUACAAUAUGAGAGCCACCACAGGUGUAUUUCUAACAACCUUUUGUUCAAACUAUUUACAUGGCUGGAAGAUUGCACUGUGCAGAUACUAUAGUCAUACAGUAGGUUUUUUAAAACGUGGGUAAACAGUGGAUCUUACAGUACAUUUCUGUAUGUCUCCUCAAAGAAAUGUGUCAUUGUGACAUGAAAUUAUUGAAGAUGAUUUCGCUGCCGGGCCCUCUGCUGAGAAACAGCCCCUCCUUUUGGUUUUAAUUCAUAAAAUUCCUUUUUUUGCCUCUUCUUCAUUUAAAAAAAUGAGUAAUGACUCUAAAAAAAAACAGAAUUAUAAGACUUAAAAAUCCAUUUACAUAUUUGUAUAAAAUAUUUUCAUACAUUCCAAGGCUCUCAUCAGAAAUAGGUGUGACUAGAGUAUUUAUUUUUGAACAAAAUUCCAUUUUGAACCAGCAUUUUACAUGUUUGAUGCAUUGGUUGGUUGCUUGUGGCUCGGUGUCAGGUGUGGCCACUGCUGCUAAAACAAAUGUGGCACUUGUGAGCGCUGUGGGAUUUUCCUUCCAUCAUAUAUGUAACAGUCUCUGAUAUUUUGAAGCCCUGCUCUCUUAUUUGCACUAUGAUCUCAUUCUGCUUUUUUCUGCUCUCAGUGCUGUUUAUAAACUGGAUUCAUGCCAGGGUUCAGGAGUAGAGUGAAAAUCAGACUCCACUGUCCCCAGGGAUCACUUCAAAUCUAAUAUGGACAGUAUUACACCUGUGUUUGGUGACAAAGUUGACAUAAACCUUGUUCAGACUGCAGCCCAAAUCCGAUUUUUUUGCAAAUGUGAUCAGAAUCCGAUCUUACUGACUGACCAUUCGCAUUACAUAUUGCAAGUGAUCAGAUCUGAUCUGCAUGUGGCCAUAUUGACGUAGUCUUAUCCGCAUUGAUUUCCAUGGUAACAGGUUACUCCUAGGAAAAACAAACAAUGGCAACAGCAAACUGUACGUGUUUCUGUCCCAAAUGGUUAGGUGGGCCUGCGGCGCAAACUAGUGAAGCGAUUAGUGGAGUCAUCAAUGAGUGAAAUCAAAACUCCAGUCCAGCUCUCUUUUUUCCAUCAUAGCAUUAUAGGCCUACAUCAUGACAGCAGUUCUGUUGGGUUUUUACUUUUACUACUCAACAUUGCAAGGGUUUUUUUUUUUAAAAAUCUGUUAAGAAAAGUCAUGUUACUAUUAUGAACUUACCAUUCCCAGAAGUAUCCAGUCUUUCUUCCUCAUCUUCCUGACCGUUGCUUUCCUGAAUGUUGCGGUCCUCCUCUGCCGUGCUGUUCAGAAAAAAUUUGUCAUGAAGAAUUUCGUCAAGAUACUCGUGUCCUGAUAUAUGGCUUUAUUUCUGUAUGUACCUCCUAAUUUUUCUGAACUGACGAAUCUCCCCAGAUAGCUAUCAGGCACUUUAUCUCCUCGUCCGUCCACGGUUUGUUGUUUUCCUCCAUGCUUUAAACCCGUGGCUUGACUCUUCCACUUGUAACUCCACAGGCGUCGCUAGGCAAUGAGCGUCUCCCCAGAUCUGCGUUGUUGUUGUUGUUGUUGUUGUUGUUGUUCGUGUCGCACUGCGAGUGACGCAGAAGACACUUGGAAAUCCUAUUUGAGUGACCGAGAUGUUCAGAUUGAAACGGAUCUGUAAAAAUCCAAUCGGAAUCGCAUUUGAAACUACCUCUGUAUGUGGUUUGAAUCAGAUUUGGAAAAAUCGGAUCUUACAUGUUUUUUGGCUGUCCAGACUGUCAGAAAAUCAAGCUAGAUACAAUCUGGAUAUGCUAAAAAUCUGAUUUGGAGUGGUAAUCUGAACAAGGCCAUAGAUGCUUAUGAGUCCUGCCUCUUGACAGGCUGCCGGGACUGACUGCCCUGUGUGGUUAGUUAGCUUUGUGCCUAAAGGAUUAUUGCCAAAAUGUUUCGGUGAAAUACUCGAGUACAGUUUCCACAGUUUACUGCUGCGCACUUUCUUUCCAUUUAGACUGUGCUCAUCAUUUCAUCCACUACAGUCACUUUUCAUGAAAUAAAAAGUGACUUUAGUGUCAAUAUGGUUUAUAUUGAAAACUAUGAAUGUAUAAGAACUGUUAUUCUCUCAUAUUGAGCAUUUAAAUUAAAAUUCAGAACUGAAGAGUCCCAAACUCAGUAUAUUUUCUAAAUAACCAUCAUCAUCUUUUUUGGUUGCCUCCAGUCAAGGGGAGUAGAUGAUUGAGCUUCUGUGCCAUUACUCCUUUUUAUUCUGAUACUUUUUCUAAAAUAUAUCUUAAAAAGCACACAUUAGUGAGUUUAAAGUGUGAAGCACUGAAACUGAACCCCAGCCUGUCGUCCUUCAAUUAUCCUGGCCUGCAGCUUUUUGCUUGACAAGCUUACGCUGUGCAACUUCACAAAAUCUAUCACUGUGUAUCGUAUAAAUUUUUUUUUAGAUAUUUUUAUUUUUCAUACUUGCAGUAAGGUCCACUUUAGUAUGCAUUUUUGCUAAAGCAACAUGUCCACUGUCACCAGACUUCUGUUCAGGUAACUGCUAAAAUAUAGAAUCUGCCAAUCUAACAUGUUGAUAUGAGCCAACAAGACAAGUUUAUUGGAUUUAUGUAGCCUGACUCAAGGUGUGACAGAGUUUUCAUUCCUUAGAGAUUCUUACUUUGCAUGUUAUUGAUCAUAGCAGAAAUCACUGUAAGUCACUCCGCAGUUUCUUCUACACCUAAUUGGCAUUAAGGGCUUGUACCAAAAUUAUCUGUAUGGAGAGGGGCGAUGAACCUCAAAAGUCCAGUGUGCAGGAAUUAGGGGCAUCUAUUGGCAGAAAUUAUACAUAAUAUUCAUAACUAUGUUGUCGUAAGUGUAUAGUCUCCUAAAAAUAAGAAUCAUUGUGUUCGCUACCAUAGAGUGAGCUGUUAAUACCUACAGAUGGAGGGGGUCCUCUUCAUGGAUGUAUUAAGAGACCAGGACACAGCAUUGGAAGCCAGACUCUGUUCAUUCCUAUGAAAGUUGCUCAGUGGCACAUGAAGCCACAAUUGUUUAACUGUUGCAUAUAAGUACCUAGAUAAUCUGCACUGCUUCCACAUUAUUGGGUCCAUCGAGCAGGUGUACUCGAGACUUCCGUCAGCUGAGCCAGCUGCUUCCCCUUUAUUGCUGUCCUAACUUGAAUUGGGAUAAAAAUUAUUUAAUUUUGCGGCUCUUUUAGACUUUCAAAAUGUUAUCAGAAUGAAUGGAUCAAAUCCUGAUAGUAAAACGAAUCAUUUUGCAGGGUUUGUGAUGCUCAAAAAUUAUUAUCCAGCGAUUUAAAUACGUUUCUUUCCCAAUCUUAGUCUAUGGGAAAAAGCUUUUUUUUUUUGGUCCAAUGGCAUAAUGUGACCGGAUCAGAAGUUGUAAUUCCACUGUUUAGCCACUACGAAAAUUGGCUUCAAAGCCUGGUGCACUUUCUGGGGGCUUGGUUUCUCUGAGACAUUGGUUUAGCUGAGACCAUAUGUAGCAAUAAUCCACUUUGUAAUUCAUAAUACAUGAAGACAUGAUUCACCUUGUGAGUAACGAGAUGUAACCCCUCCCAUUACCCUUAACCACCUCUCUUUAUCAUAAUACUUCGUAUCUAGCUAAUUGGUAACUUUGUAGUUUUGUGGGCCUUCCACCUCCGGGCCAAGGAGCUAAAGGGGCUGAUCGUGGACUGAUGUAUAGGUAUGGUUGGUGAGUCAUGUAGCUAGACAGUGGCUGCUCCAGCUGCAGUUAUAGUGUGCCCCAAAAAUGAGUCAAAAAACCUAAAUGACUUAGCAUUUUACCACUCACAGUUCCCUCAUCUCAAAAUCGGUGGGUUUUUUUGAAUGGGUUUUUGGUUAGAUGCCUGA